AUGAGUCUCAGCGGUAUCGUCAGAAGGCUGAAGCUGCCCGACAGUGAUGUAGCCGAGUCCAACGUCUGGAUCAAUGACGACAUUCGGCCCAUGCCGCCGAGUCGCCGACGAUGGACAAUGUGGACUUUCAUUUCCUUCUGGUUGACUAACCAAGUGGCCAUUUGGCAGAGUGUGAUUGCUAUCAUCAUCGGAAAGAUCAUCAUCGCCGUCGUUGCUAUAGCCAAUGGCAUGGUUGGUGCUGAAUGGCACAUUGGCUUUCCGGUAGUAUCCCGCUACAUUUGGGGCGUUUACGGACAAUACCUUAUCUUGAUCCAAAGGAUCAUCCUCAGUCUGGUCUGGUUCGCUGUGCAGUCAUGGACUGGCGGUCUAACAGUUGUCAACUGUUUGUCUGCAAUCUUCCCUUCUUUCGAAUCACUAGGCAACGGUUUCCCCGAAUCUUCGCAUUUGACAACGAAGGACUUCAUUGGCUGGAUCAUCUUCAAUGUUCUUCUCAUUCCGAUUCUCUACAUUCGACCAGAACGCAUCCAGAAAUUACUUCUCGUUUUCAACAUCAUAUCAUCAAUCACCCUGGUAUCCAUCAUGAUUUGGGCUUUGGCAACUGCCGGCGAGCCAGGAUCACUUGUCAGGCAAGGGUCAAAGUCGAUGUCCUCAAGCGAGCUCGGCUGGCAGAUUGUCCACGGAAUCACUACUGUCAUUGGCAGCAUCGCAGUGGGCUUGACAAACCAGCCCGACUACUGCCGUUUUGCUCGCAAACCAGGAGAUCAGAUAUUUGGACAAUGGUUCAGCAUCAUCUUUUUUGGAGCUAUCUUUCCUACUUUUGGAUGUCUUGCCGCUUCGGCAACUGGUGUUAUCUACGGAGCACCGAUCUGGAACCCACCGUUGAUCGUGCAAGCAUGGCUCGAUACGGACUACAACGCCAAGAGCCGCGCCGGCGCCUUCUUUGCUGGACUUGGUCUCCUCUGCGUCCAGCUCAGUAUCAACUCAGUCGACAACGCCUUCUCUGCUGGGAUGGAUCUUGCAGGAUUGUUCAGCCAGUAUGUGAACAUCCGACGCGGCGCUUACAUUGGUCUAGUGCUGAGCAUUGCGCUCUGCCCAUGGGAGCUUCUGUCAUCAGCAGCAGUCUUCAUUAGUGUUCUGUCUGCCUAUAGCGUCUUUCUAGGACCGAUAAUUGGCAUCCAGAUUUGCGACUACUUCAUUAUCCGUCGGAGGAGAAUUAAGCUCUCAGACCUGUACCACCCCCGCUCUGACGGCUCUUUCUACUACUGGAAAGGGGUCAACCCACGCACUUUUGUUGCUUGGGUCUGUGGCUUUGCAACACAGCUUCCAGGUUUUGCAGCCAGCGUCACUCCUGACAGCGUCAAGGUUGGCUCAGCAUUGGUUAAUUUGUACUAUCUUGCCUUUCCCCUCGGUUUUACCAUUUCUUUCCUACUUCAUCUGGGUAUCAACAAGAUCUGGCCACCUCCCGAGGCUGGUAUGAUUGAUGAAGUAGACUACUAUGGGACUUUCACCGACAGCGAAGCCAGGAAGAUGGGGGUCCUUCCACUUGAAACAGAGGUCAUUGAGGGGUCACACAAAGCGGUACACACAGAAGUGCCCGAGAAAAGCUCCCGGACUUGGCUGAAGUCAAUACUGCACUGA